CCGCUUGUAACCAUUUACGCAAAUAAGCUUAGUUAAUUGUAUCGAUAUGUUUCUUGUUUUGACGAACGUCAGUGUUUAUUUAACCGCAAGAGUUCACGCGACUUGAAAUCGCGAAUCGGUCGAAAUUUCUGGAAUGCAGAAUGAUUCCGCCCGUAAUCUGAAUACGUGUCGUGAAUAGCAAUUUGCGAGAAAGCAAUAGUUUAUAAUACGGAAUCGUACAGAACAAUAUUUAUUAUUACAUAGAUUUAUUUAGUUAUUUGUGUAUAGAUGGAAUUUUGACACUUAUAUACAAACAAAAACAUAUACAUGUAUAUGUAUGUUGAGAGACAAGAUCAUGUUUAACGCCGAUCUUGGAACUUCCUCGGUAAUUCCUUUGUUCGCUUUGUUGAAUUACAGUCAGAACUUUCAACUCGAACGCACUACUGCGCCAUUCAUUCAGGUCACGAGACGACGAUGCGUCAUGUAGCUCUGUUAAUCAAAUGAAUCCAAACAAAUUUUCAUAACACGAGCAACAACUUGAUUCCCCGAGUGAUUCAGGAUUCGAUAUAGACUGGAGCGUCUGAUUUUGCCAUUUACAGCUAUAUAGGCCGAGAAAAGCGUGUGUCAUCUAUGAUGGUUGACAUAGCUUGGCAUGCGUGGCCAAGAUGGUGGUGGUAAUGGAGGCACCAUGACGAUAGUCGGAUUUCUCUACGUAUCAUCGUCCCGCUUCGGUGUUCCUCUUUAAUUCUUCUGUAGCUCCUCAGAGGGUGUUUAUCGUUGAUGAUGCGCGUUUGUGGUGGAACGUUGUUGAUGUGUUAGUUGUGCAUCAUCGAAGAGAGAUCGCUAGAUGGUCGGUAUAUCUGUGAGAUUGCUGCUGCGCCGUCCGAAAAUAGAUAAAUGAACGACGAGCGUGCCAUCCUUGUUGUCGGUGGUUCCACGCACUCUCUAACAAUGCACAAUUAUUAAAAGGUUCAUAGCCAACAUCGGGGUGUAGGAAUGGAGGUACUCAAAACCAGCCAGGAGAUUGUGCACGAAGGGUGGCUCAUUAAGUCGCCACCUACCAAACUUUGGCGAGCGAGAUGGAGGAAAAGGUGGUUUGCUCUUCGACAUAGUGGAGAAUUACCUGGACAAUAUUUUUUGGAGUAUUAUACAGACAGACGUUGUAGAAAAUUAAAAGGUCGUAUUGAUCUUGAUCAAUGCGAACAGGUGGAUGCAGGCUUAAGAUUUGAAAAUCGCAAGCAAAAAUAUCAGUAUAUGUUCAAUGUUAAAACACCAAAAAGAACUUAUUAUCUAGUAGCAGAAAGUGAAGCUGAUAUGAAUAAGUGGGUGGAUGCUGUAUGUCAAGUUUGUGGUUUAAAGGCCUAUACUCAAGAUGAGGAGCAACAAUGUCAAAUGUUCCAAUUUGAAACACAAGAAUCCCCACCGAUUUCACCUACUAGUACUAUUUCGGGCCCAUACAUUCCUAUUAGCGAAUGUAUUUCUGGUCGACGGUUAAAUGAUACUAGCUCCCUCAAUUCGGCUUUGGGGCAAGGACCUGAACAUUAUGAUGCCCCAAGACGAUUGGCCCCAUCCCCUUCUAGAUCUCCUACAACAACAGAUGCGGAAAGUGUUUUCACCGAUGAUGAAUGGACUGCUCCGGUGCCUAGCGUGAACUGGGAAACUUUCCCUUCCUCGGGCGAAUCCAAACAACCGCAUAGUUCGAGUGAUGCCGAAAUUGGUUCUUGGAGUGUUCGAAAACGAUUUGGGAAAUUAAGAAUCGUUGACUCCAUUGUACCGCCUUCUGUAGAAAAGUUACCAGCACCUCCUAGGCCACCAAAACCUCCUCAUAUGUUACCUGAAAAUCCUGGUCAUAAUUAUUUAAAUUUAGAUGGUGCUACCGAAAGCUCAAAACCUACAACUCCAGCGACUCCUGCGCCAUCGACUCCCGCAACUGCAAUUGUAACAGACGAAUCAUAUGAUUUUCCAAGAUCUCACCAACCUGGAGCACCCGAGUCAAACACUAUAGAUAAACAUUUUUACUCCAAUGCUGCUCCAAGUAAUGUCGAAGAUACACGCGUAUUCCGCUACGACUUUCAGGAAGAGGAACCGUCGAGUCCACGCUCUGAGAGUUCAGCAACUGCUACGUAUUCAAAUUUACCAAGUCCACUUGUGCGAGAUAAUUCAACUUCAGUACCAACAACAGUGGCACCACCGCCGCCAGUUGUUUAUCGGGAAUUAAAACCAGGAAGAAAAACUAGCGAUUCUACAUCGGUCAUUAGUAAUGAAGCGUCUCCAGGACCGACAGUGUCAGUUUUGGAAAUGAGUUCUGCCGAACACUCUCCUGCCGAGCCUCCGAGUAUUAACAGGAAGCUUAAACCUCCAUUGAAUAAAUCUCCCGUAGAAGCUUCUCCACCUGGAAGAGGAAGAAUUAGAGCGGCUCCUAGUCCUACACCUCCAACUCACGUUCAUUCGAAUCGACAUCAAUCGACGUCAGAUGAAGAUAAUAAUGCUUUCGAUGAUAAAGAAGAGAUAUACUAUUAUCAAGAUCAAAACACGUUUAUUCCUGCUUCGAAUCGACGUCUUGUUGUUUUGCAAUAUCUAGAUCUCGAUUUGGAAGCAACAGAAAAUUUCACUUCUUCGAGUUUGCCACCAACUCAGUCCCCUCCAAACACAACGGUGUAUAAAACUGUGGAUUUUCUGAAAACCGAAGCGUUUAAUCGCACUCGUCAACGAGUCGAAGAGGAGAGAAAACAAUGUACGGAUGAACUGGCAUAGCUUUGAACUUUGUUUUCUAGAUCUUUCAGCGUAACGAACAGGAAGAAUAGUAGGAACGUAACUUCUUUUUACGUAGCGUAUAAUAUUGUUAUCAUUUAGUAAUACUUCACGAUAUUACAAAAUUGCGAUUCCUACGCAGUAUUUAGCGAUUUUUCAAGCGCUUUUUAAAUUUUUAUGUUUGUUAUUGAAUCGAAGAUUAUUUGAAAUCUUCAUUAUCGCGCGAUUAUAUAUCAUAGUUGGAAACCGAAGAGAGCAAUAUUCAAUGGACCAAAAAUGUAAUAUUAAAGUUAAGGCAGAACAAUGAAGAAAGAAGAAAAAUAGUAGUUUCGCGAAACUCGCAUCAGAAUUUAUUAAAGAAUUUUUAAUUAGAAGAGUAAGUAUUAUUACAUUUAGAUACGAACUGUUUUUACAUAGAUUUUACAUAUGUCUAAAAUGAGAAAAAGGCAUUUUAAUCGUAAACUAUGCAAUGAAUUACGGAUGUAUGACAUCGCUGAAAAUUUUAGGAUAUCCUAAUUUUAAGUAUAAAACAAAUAAUAUGUAAUAUAUUUUCAAAGUGCCUGAAGUUAUUGUUUUUCUUUUUUUGCUAAGGCGAUGAGUUGUUUGUUAUUGCAUGGAAAGUGAAAUAUCAUAUUUAUGGUUAUAAAUAUGGUGUGAAUGUAUAAAAAUCGUUUUACAACUAUUUUCUAGGAAAUAAUAUUUUGAAAAUUUAUGUUCUUUUUUGACAUAUAUUCUUUUUUGACGUUUUUAGAUGUUUUCUUUUUAAGUAUAAUUUUUAUUAUAAUUAUUAACAGUGUACUCACUGUACCUGCUGAAACAAAUCUAUAAUGCGUGGUAAUAGAAAUCUUGGCCAUAAAAUUACAAUGCAAAAAAGACAUGCAUAUUUUUUAACAGCUACUAAACCACAAACUGUAUGUUAUGAUUACAUAUGUUUACAUAUACAUAUAUGUAUUAAAAGUACGUGAAAAACUAUAUAUUUUAUGUAUAAAACACACACACACACACACACACACACACAUAUGUUUUACUUUUAUAAUAGCUAUCACUUAUGGUAUUUACUGUAAUUUUUGUACCAAUGACAUUUUUAUACUAUUGACAAGUUGUUUGUCAGUAUGACUAAAAAGAGAUAUAUGUUUACCGGGGUUUCAAUUACCUGUAGUGAAAGAAGGAAAUUAAUAGAGUAUAUUUAGAAUG